UUGGUCGAAAUUGGAUUUCAUUCGUAAAUUUGAGCGAGAACGGUUUGUAUUUUGGAAAAGUAGUGUUGGUGCGGUAUAGCUAUUUAGAAAAAUAGUUAAAAUAAAGUUGGAUUCAAAGUUAUAACUUUUCAAGUGAAUUGAAAUCAAAGCCGAAAUUAUUAGAUAAUUGUUGGUGAAUUUUCAAUUCUUGGUACAUACACAAAUUUAUCGAUUUGUGUGAGCAAAGACAUCGGAUCAGACGACGACUACGUUACUGUUGCCAGCCAACAUGGCGGAUGACGAGCAAUUCUCGCUCUGUUGGAAUAAUUUCAAUAGCAAUUUAUCUGCUGGCUUUCAUGAGUCGUUAUGUCGUGGCGACUUGGUGGACGUGACGCUGGCUGCAGAGGGGCAAUUUGUUAAGGCACACCGUUUAGUACUAUCGGUCUGUUCGCCCUAUUUCCGUAAAAUGUUUACCCAAAUGCCGGCCAAUCAGCAUGCUUUCGUUUUUCUAAAGGAUGUAAGUCACACGGCACUCAAAGACCUUAUACAGUUCAUGUAUUGUGGCGAAGUAAAUGUAAAGCAAGAAGCUUUACCUGCGUUUAUUAGUACAGCAGAGGCUCUACAAAUAAAAGGGUUAACUGAUAGCGAUCCACCACCGUCACAGUCGCCUGCGGAACCUUCAACACCCACGCCGCAAAUCCAACAAAUUUCCUCUCCGCGAGUUCGUCAACGUACAUCAACUUCUCGUUCAUUUAAAAUAGAAUCGGUGGAGGACUCGGGAGAUGAUAAACAAACGCAGAUUGUCAUACAAACAACAGCAGCUCCUGCGGCGCAACAAGUGGUUGCUCAACCACAGUCCCAACAUCUGCAACAAACUCAAAGUCAAACGCAUAUAGCACCUCAGCAAAUAGCAAACACCACCACCGCCACUACCACUGUUGUUACGCAUAAACGACCAGCACGCAGCGUUGCAAGUGGGCCACACAUUAAACGCACCAAAAGUACAAUUGACCCCUUAGAUACAAGUGAGUCGAGUGGGGCCCCACAAAUUACUGUACAAACGGCUGUCGUGGCUGCCCCUGCGUCUGAAACUAAAACGCAAGUUCAACAACAAAAUGAAACCGAAUACAUAGACUUGCCGAUAGAAUUGCCCACGAAAUCGGAACCAGAUUAUGCUGAAGAUGCUGGAGACGUAGAGGGAGGAGAAAAUGAGGCCACAUAUGUAGAAGAUGAUUCGUACGGUGAACUUCGGUAUGAUGAUAGCUACUUUACAGAAAAUGAUGAAGCACCUACGGGUGCGACGACGGGGCAAACUAGUGCUGGGUCAGGUGGUGGUGGAAGUGCAACCACAUCAAAGGCGUUGGUGAAACAGCAACAGUCAUCGUUCACCGACACAUCAUAUGUGGACGUGGCGGAUCAAGCGAAUAGUGACGCACAAGUUCACAUACUGAUGGCCGAUAUGAUAGAUGCUGGUAGGAAGAUAACUUGUAACAUUGAUCGUAACCGGUCUACCUAUGUUGAUGAUGAUGCUGCAGAUAUUCACUACAUUUCCAGCCAGAGAGGUCGUACAAUGUUAGUUCAUAGAGGUUAUCAUUAUGUUCAUGAGAAGCGUAUACGAAGUAAGGUGUAUUGGCGGUGUACACAAUAUACUACACGACGGAAGUGUCAUGGUCGUUUACACAUGGAGAAUGGGCGCAUAGUGCGCAAGAGUUUUCACAAUCACAAUACGGCCAUAUUGAUGGAAAGGCGAAAACGUUAUCACAUAGAAUAUCAAGCACAUCUAUUAACGCGCGAAUGUAAAAGUAAACCUGAAUUAAAUUAGCCAAUUGUAAUCUGUUGGCGGAGGGCACGCGCAAAUGGAGCAGAGAUAUUAAAAAAAAAACAUUUAUUUGUAGCUAUAGAAAAUCAUGAAAAAAUAUGUAAACUAUGAAAUUCAUGAUCAGCUGGUAAAAAUUUUACAACAGCCGCCGUAGCUGUAUAGUUUGCACGUGACUACAAUUCGGUAGGUCACAGGUUCGCAACCUCGGCCGGCAAUGGCAAACUUCCCAGUGUAUUUCUAACAAGACAAAAAGAUCCUUAUAAAUAAGCAACUGCCGUUCGCAGACAGCAUAAAACUGUAGGUCGAACGCCAUCAAGUUGCACAUCACAAGUUAGAGGAAGCGCUCAGCCAAACACCUAAUAUGUAUACAUGAAUAUAUAUAAGUACACUUUUAAUUUCAUCAUAGGUCGCUUAUAAUUCUAUAAAUAGAUGUUCAUAUAAGUUUUAGCGAAUUAUGUACCUAGACAUGGGCGUUUAGUUGUGUGCGAGAAUGAAUGAUAAAUCUAAGAUAAAAACACUUGGUUGGAUAAGAUAUAAGUAGUGUGGACGAAUUAUUUAUGGGCAUAAAAUUUAAACAUUUUUCUAAUAGCUAGCCAGAUAAUAGCAAACCUGGCGCUCCUCAUAAAAACGAUCUGCCGGUCGAAGACUGCGUAAAAGUGUAGAACCCUCCAUUUGAGAAACUACAGCAAGAUGCGCACCACAAAUUGGAGAAGGAGCGCGGCCAAACAACCAGCAAAGGAUGUAAGCGCCAGUUGUAUAUACAUAUAUAUAUAUAUAUAUAUAUAUAUACAUAUAUAAAUUUUAAAUUUUGAUUAUGAUUUUGAUGAUUUUAUAACUAAUCAAAUAUCGGUUACGUUUUUCUGUUCUUGUGGAAUAUGGUAAUUUGUUUUAUCACAAGAGAGUGUGAAAUUGAACCCAUAAAAAGUGUAAUGUUAGUUAAAUUCAGGUAUCUUGUGAUUUAUAUAUAAUACAAAUAUUUUUCAUUAAAAAGGGUAAAACAAUUAAGCUAAAGAUCGGAAAACAUUUCAGUAGGAUACUCGAGCUUGAUAUUGCAGGAAAAAUCGUAGAAAAAUAAUGCAGGACAGUUUUUGAUGGCAUAGUAAUGAAUUUUUCACAGUUCGAAACUUUUUGAUACAAAUAUUGAAGAUAUUAAAUAAUGAGAAUUCUAAAUGUUUUUUCAUUUAUUUACUUAUUUUUUUAACUAUGCUGUGCGAACAACAUAAGGUUGUCACCGAAGUUGAGAAACUCUUACGGAUGAAAAAGAAGACCACACCCAUGCAAAUGCAAGACCCUGCUCUUUUAAUUUAACUUUAGGCAUCUUAAAAAACAAUGCAAAAGAUAAAACCCCAUUCAUGUAGAAGCUGGGAAACUAAAGUGCUCUACAAAAAUGUACAGGAUUUAUAUUUAAAAUCACAUUACAUAUAUAGUAUAUAAUAUUUCAAGUAAUUUAAUAACAUUUUUGACCCCAAAAAAAGAAAAAAAAAAAUUAGACCAAAAUUUAGCUCACUGUAAAAAGGCGCAAUUUAUAGACUUGUGCAGUAUCUUCUGUUUGUUUACUAAAUACAGUCAGUCCUCAAAUUCACUAAACUUCUAGCAAGCAUAUUCUCCUCCCGAGCAUUGUUUUUACUUUUGAUCAGUUGAGUUGUCAAAAUAUAUUUUAGUUUAUUAUAAAGGAAAAUAAUAACAUUGCCCAUACUGCAUUUCGAUUCUGAGAAAUUUGCCUUUUCUUAUAUUCCAAUAGAAUUUUUUUAUUUCAAACAUGUUAUCGGUAUAAAACAAACGAUUCGGUAUUACUCGGAAUUGAAAAAACUCACACAGAAAGGACGGAAAAGUGUAUUAGCUUUAUCCGAAUUGACGAAUAAUGUAACGUUUAUUAGACAUAUUUAAGAUAUUUGUAAUGUUUACUAUAUACAUAAUAUUUAAUAUGUUCGAAAUUGGAAUACUAACAAAUAUUUGGAAAACAUGUAACAAAUUCAAAAAUUAUUUUUCCUAACUUGUUUUGCAUUAUUACACACAGAUACAUUUAUUAUUUAUAUGUUGCAUAUAUGAAUUGUCAGUCAAACCUUGAAAGAUGUUUAAUGAUAAAUAUGCAUAUGUGUAUGUGUACGUACACUAAACUAUCAUAUUAUAUAAUAUAUUCUAUUGCAUAUGCAAUUUUUGUUUUUGUAAAACGUAUAAUUUCGCACUUUAUGGAUUGAAUUUGUCUAAACUUUUAUAUAUUACUUUCUGUCAUAAAGCAAUGUAAAAUAAACCAAAAUAAAAUGGUUCAUAACUACUAA